AUGCGGAGUACGAAAUCAGUAAGGAAACCGCUGAGAGAUUUAACGAACAAUGAAAGCACAAUGAGCCUCUUCAAAUCAGAGAUUCCGAAGAAGAAAAUAAUCCCCAAAAACAGUAAUAAUCAGAGCGAUUCCUCCCUCGAUCGCCUCCUUCUCCUUCACUCCGAUCUGUCGUCCUUCCUUCGCCAGAUUGAUGAAUUUGUUGUACAAGCUUUCAAGCUGAAGGCAGCAGAACAGGGGAGAAAAGAAAUUGAAUCUUUCAUGGAUGUCAUUUCAAAUAUGGUUUCAACUUUGAAGGCUAAUCCUUUCAAAUUUAACAUAGAUUAUUGUUUCCUAUAUUUGCAGCCAUGGGUCCCCAAAUUUCAUAAGGCGUUUUCGAGUCUUUCUGCUGGAGAGCACAAAGAUCAGCCAGGAAAACACUUGGAAGCUGAAACUGUGUCUUUUAUUGAUACAAAUGGAAAAGAAUGCUUUGAUGUUGGAAGUCCAGAAGAAACAACAUUGGACUCGUUAAUCUCUCCUUCUCCACUCGUGUCUUGGCGUCCGGCUGGCUGUAAUGUUGGGAGAGGUAGACAGUUGUUUCUUCUCACACCUCUUUCCAUGUCAAAAGCAAUGUCUUCCAGGAGGUGUGACUCGUCUAAAUCGGUAUUCGAAGGGAUGCUUCCAAAUCUAAUGUUGAGCUUGCAUCUUUUCUCGACAUUCCUAGGGAUGAAAAUGAUGACUUGGUUGGAGGUGCUGAAAUAUAAUACAUUGAAGCGUGGGUUUGUUUCUUCACCGGUGUCUUCUAAAAGAGACCAUCCAGUGUUUGUCAUGACGCCAUGCUUAAAAAUGUCACCUCCUAAAUCUUGUGUGCUGCUCGAACCUAUUCAAGAGUCCUGGGACCGAAGCAAAUUCGUAGUUCAAAAGUCUACCCCGUAUCCCUUUGGAAUUAACAACAGUUGUUUUUUUGAAUCCUCUGGAAGCGAAGAAGCCUCUGAGGAUCUGACUUUGAAGUACCCAGAAUUACGAGGAAUACAACCAACAUUCGUACCAGAAAUCAGGAAAAAGGAGCUGGAGUCCUCACCAACGUGGUUAUUCUCACCUCCUAAAAGCUGCAUUUUGUUGGAGCCUCCAGAUGAGAAAUCCCUGGACAAAGUCGGCACUGAUCACCACUUGCGUAUCAUUAGUGAUUUAAAUCAACAACCGGAUAUGGUUUUCUCGAAACAAAAUGGAGUCACAGAUGCUUGCCAAGAAAGCAAAACAAUUAACCAAGGAAACAACUUGGCUCCUGUAGAAAGUAGUCCAAUGUGGAAGGAACCUCAGAGCACGAUGCGGAGAGGGAAACAUGCGGGUGAGAGUACCCUAAAGAAAGAGUUAUGGACAAAGUUUGAGGCAGCGUCGACUUAUGGGCCUCGUUAA